AGUGGUCCCACCUUGAUAGGUGGUAAAGGAAACCCGCAACGCUGUUUUUCCGCCUGCAAAUUAAUUUUCUCGCCAAACAAACAGAUUUUUCUAAAUUUCGACUUUUCCGAUAAAUGUAAAAACUGAGAAAAUUCAACUCAGAGUUGACCUCUCACUCCGUACUCAUAGUUUUUUUUUGGAUUUGCGAGUGUUACUAUCCUCGCCCAUCAAAUUCACUUUGUCAAUGCCAGAUUUCAAAACCCUCAUGAGAAAUCUACUGUUAGGGUUUACUUCACCAUUUUUGCCCCAUAACUACCAGUAGUUUGCUUCUUCUUGUAUUUUAGCUUUGAAUUGAACGACUUUGAGCUUCCUCAACUUCCUGGAGAAAUGGGUCGUUCUCGUGGGAAUUUUCACUCUGCUGAUGAAGACCCAACGCAGAGAUCAAGGAGAAAGAAGAAUGCUGCUAGUGGAGAAAACUUAGAAUCUUCAUCAGCAGGUCAGGGAACAGGUGAGGGGAAAAGGGCCUUAUACCAUUGCAAUUAUUGCAACAAAGAUAUAACUGGGAAGAUUCGUAUCAAGUGUGCAAUGUGCCCUGAUUUUGACCUAUGUAUAGAGUGCUUCUCUGUUGGAGCUGAGGUGACACCUCAUAAAAGCAAUCACCCUUAUAGGGUUAUGGACAAUUUAUCUUUCCCGCUUAUUUGCCCUGACUGGAAUGCAGAUGAUGAAAUACUACUCCUUGAGGGAAUUGAAAUGUAUGGACUGGGAAACUGGGCAGAAGUUGCCGAGCAUGUAGGGACAAAGAGUAAAGAAAUGUGUAUUGAACACUACACAAAUAUAUAUAUGAACUCCCCAUUUUUCCCUCUCCCGGACAUGUCUCACGUAGUUGGGAAAAAUAGAAAGGAACUUCUUGCUAUGGCCAAAGGGCACGGAGAGGACAAAAAAGGAUCUUCUAUGCUAGGGGAACAUACCUUGAAGGAGGAGUCUCCAUUUUCUCCUUCUUCCAGAGUCAAAGUUGAAGACAUGCAUAAAGGUGGUGCUUCUGGCCGGUUACUAUCUACUUUAAAUGGAGACGUCGAAUCUGGGGUUUAUCCUAAUAGCAUAAAUGCAGCAGCAACAGCUGCUAUUAAGAAGGCAUCCAAAAUAGCCCGCGUUAAAGGUGGCCCCAGUGUCAUUAAAGUGGAAGAUCCUCAAACAGAAAUAGGUUUUAAGGGAAAAAAAUCAAAUUCUUCUGCAAAUGAGGGAUCCUUAAUCGAGUCGAGUGGUUAUAACCCCAAAAGGCAGGAGUUUGAUCCAGAAUAUGAUAAUGAUGCUGAGCAGUUGCUCGCUGAAAUGGAGUUCAAAGAUACUGAUACAGAAGAUGAACGUGAGCUGAAGUUGCGAGUGCUGCGAAUCUAUGCAAAGAGGCUCGAUGAGAGAAAACGUAGAAAGGAUUUCAUUUUAGAAAGAAAUUUGUUAUAUCCAAAUGUUUUUGAGAAGGACUUAUCUCCUGAAGAGAGGGCACUAUGUCGACGCUAUGAUGUCUUCAUGCGUUUUCAUUCCAAGGAAGAGCAUGAGGAUUUGCUUCAGACUGUUAUAGCAGAGCAUAGAACUCUGAAAAGAAUUCAAGAACUUAAGGAAGCUCGAGCUGCUGGUUGUCGUACAUCUGCUGAGGCAGAUAGAUAUCGUGAAGAAAAAAGGAAAAGGGAAGCUGAAGAAAGUUCUCAGAGAGCAAAAGAAAGUUCUCAGGUUGGUCCAAGCAACCAGGGAGGUCCAAACGUUUUCAUGGCUUCAGAGUCUCUUGGCAAGGAUUCGAAUGCAAGACCGGGCGGACAGGGGACAGGCUAUGAAACACUUGAUGCACUUGGCUUUUAUGAAACUCAGUUACUGUCUGAAGCUGAGAAACGCCUGUGUCACGAAAUUAAGUUGCCUCCACCUCUCUAUCUUAAGAUGCAAGAGGUGAUGACAAAAGAAAUCUUCAGCGGCAAUGUCACUAAGAAAUCGGACGCACAUCCGCUAUUCAAGCUUGAAUCCAGUAAAGUUGACAGGGUCUAUGAUGUACUUGUGAAGAAAGGGAUUGCUCAACCAUAACAUCCCAUUUUUUUUCUGAACCUAAACAAUAUUCAUUUUCUCCCAAAGAAAUGAGAAAUAUACUUAAUUGCCUAUGAGUAGCUACCUUCUAUCUCCUCCAUUGAUGUGGAAGGCUUAAUGUGCAAAAGAAAAAAUGUAAAUGCUUUCUUAGUAUCUUCCAUUUGAAGGUCAA